UCCGAGGCCCCGGCUCGGCCAGGUCAGUUUCUUGGGAGACCUGGCGCCAAAGGCAGGCCGGUAGGAGGUCCGGCAGGGUAGCUUCCGGUUCCGGUGGGUAAAGGCAAACACAAUGUAAACACGGGCCCAGGGGAGUGGUCAUCAGAAUGGCUUCCUUUGGAUGGAAGAGGAAAAUUGGUGAGAAGGUCUCAAAGGUGACUUCCCAGCAGUUUGAAGCUGAAGCUGCCGAUGAGAAGGAUAUAGUUGAGAAUGAAGAAGGGAACUGGCUUCAUGCCAUUAAACGAAGGAAAGAAAUGCUUUCUGAGGGCUGUGCUGAGAAGAGUAAGCAGCUGAAGGAUGAAGGAGCCAGUUUGGCUGAAAAUAAAAGAUAUCGAGAGGCAAUUCAAAAAUGGGAUGAAGCACUGCAGUUAACCCCAGAUGAUGCCACCCUGUAUGAAAUGAAAUCACAGGUCCUAAUGUCUCUUCAUGAAAUGUUCCCAGCAGUACAUGCAGCUGAAAUGGCUGUCCAGAGAAAUCCACAUUCAUGGGAGUCUUGGCAGACUUUGGGACGUGCUCAGCUUGGAUUAGGAGAGAUAGUCCUGGCAAUUCGAAGUUUUCAGGUCGCCCUUCACAUCUAUCCAAUGAACCCUGAAAUAUGGAAAGAAGACCUUUCUUGGGCAAGAACGCUCCAGGAGCAGCAGAAGGUUGCACAGAAGAUUAAAAAGUGUGACGCAUCAGUGGAAGUAACCCAUUUCUCACCAAAGUCAAUUCCUGACUAUGACUUUGAAAGUGAUGAGAUUGUUGCCGUUUGUGCGGCGAUUGCUGAGAAACAGAAGACGGUUCCAGCAAAUAAAACAAUGGUUAUUGUGUCGGCUUCUGGGACUGUAGAGACAGUCACUGAGAAGGAAGAUGGGGCUACACCACCAGAUGGCUCUGUUUUUAUCAAAGCCCGAUGAAGUAGCGGGAAUCCUUUGAAUCUGUCUUUUUGAUUGCCACUUAAAAUUUUAGGUGUAGGGACAUUAACUGUGGAGGAACAGAGCAAAACUCCUGUUUGUAAAAUGAGUUUUGCAGAUGAGGCAUAUAAAAACCAAAUGGUAGAAUGACGGUAUAGUGUUUGGACUACGCUUUGAUAAGUUAUGAUUUAAAUUUCUUAAGAUUAGAAUUCUGAGUACAGUGGCUUUUGAUUCAUAAACUUAAUUUAAUCCCAAAAUAUAAAUGAGUGCAUUUUAAAGACACAACUUGAAAAGUGAAUUCUUUGAUAGUGAAUCACUUGAUGGCCAGUGUCAUAAAAAUGCUGACUUGUUGAUUUUGUUCCGUGAUAAAGGAAGUCAGUGAUUUCUUUUCCUCCUUUUAGAAAUAUACUGCUCUUGCUAUUCACUCUUCUGUUUUUCUGGUUGCAUUAGAGUAAGUCUGUCACAAAGCUCUAAUAUUUUUGACAUUCAGUUUGAUUCAAAGUUGUCAUUUGGUUAUAUGUGGAAUCUUUGAAAGUUUGGCUGAAAAUGCAUGCAAAUAUCUACAUUCUAAACAUUUUCCCAAGUUUCUCUUAAUUCUGAUUUGAGCUUUUAUUUUGGCUUUAAGAUUAUUAUGACAAUAGUAUUUGCCUCCUUCAGUAUUAGAUAUGUGAAAUACUGAUACAUGUCAGAAUGAUGGUUUUAUUUUUUUAGUUGUUGAAGUGGAUAGUGUUCCUUUCCACAGGUGGGUCUUAUUUCAGAUGUGCAUUUUUUAAAAAAUGAAUGGUUUUUAUAGAUGUGUCAUAACAAAUUGUCCUACUGCAUUGUCCCAGUCAAAAGCAAUAUUUUCUUCUUAUUUUUAAAAGCUUAAAGAUUUGGAAAAUAAUUUAUCUUUUGCUUAUAACUUUCCAGCUGAUGGUUUAGAAGUCCUUUUCUAGAUAACUUUUUUGGAACUACUCAAUUAAAUUACAAUUACAAUUUUAAAUAACAGAUUAUAUCUUUCUAAAAAUAAAAAAGUAAGGCUGUUAAUGAGUGCCAGUGAAUGAAUAAUUUAGGCACAACAUACAUAGAAACUGAAACAUGACUGUGGUACAAUACGUGAGUAGAGAAGGCUAUAUUUAAAGAAAUAUUUCAUUGAAAGGCCACAGUCAUAUUCACAAAUCAAAACCGCCAUUGUUAAUGUGAAUUAUUAUUUUUAUACUACAUAUAUUGUAGUGCAAUUAUAUAGACUACUGGGUACUGUUACUUCUGACACUCAGGAAGGUAUUAUUGCUAUAAAAUUAAUUUUAUCCUUGUUAGAAAUGAAAGUAAGCUAUUUUGUUUUAAAGAAUCUUACCCUGUUGAAGCAUGUGUGUAAUGGUCAUUUUUCUGAGAUGAUUUUUUUUUUCCUUUUUAAAUUUUUAUUUGAAUUCUAGUUAGUUGACAUACAGUGUGAUACUGGUUUCAGGAGUAGAAUUUAGUGAUUCAUCACUUCCAUACAACACCCAGUGCUCAUCAUAACAAAUGCCCUCCUUAAUGCCCAUCACCCAUCUAGCCCAUCUCCUACCCUCUGAGAUGAUUUAAAAAGUUUUUCCUUUAGUGGAAUGCUUACCUCUUUUUUUUCAGAGUAUUGUAUUUUUCCCCCAAAGUUACAUUGCAAAGUUAGCUCUGGUUAGAGAGGUUAGUUUUAGACGAAUCCAAAGAACAAAUACUAAUUACAUUUUAUUUCAUUUAAUAAAAGAUAUUCUCCCAGGGUAGAUACUUGGGCAUCUACAGAAGUGAGCAUUCACCCUUUGGUAUGCUGUUUUGAGUAUUGGGCUUUUGUUUAUCAUGUAAUUUGUAAAUAAAUAGUUUUUUCCUUCGUUUUAAAGAUUUGCCUCUUUGUGUUGUUAGCUUUUGAAAAAUUAGGUUGAUUUGUUUAAUUUCUUUGUUAUGUGGGAAUAAAAUAUGUAAAACACCUUGGAUGGAGUCUUGCAUAGGAUGUCCUCAGUAAAUGUUAGCUAUUUCUGUGAAGAACUUGACUUAGUUUGGAGAUAUUUAACCUGUUUCUGAGUUUAAGAAAGUAGGAGAAUUUUGUAAUCUUUAUCUGAAAGUGAAGAGUCACUACUUUUAAUAUUUUAGAACAGAUGGUUAUCAGUUGGGGUUAUUCUUGUCAUAAAGUCAGUCCUAAAAGAGGCAAGACCCAGGAUGGAGGGCAUGUAGCUACGAUUCUGUUAAAGAACCUAGUCUUUUCCUGUAUUCAUAUCAGUGGGACAGAUUUGUCUUUUCCUUACUCAGAUAUAAGACAUAAAUUGGAAGACAUAAAAUGGAGGGAAAAGGAAUAAUGAAUUAUGAAGAACGAAGGCAGCUCAUUUAUUCAUGCCCCAGAAGAUGCUCACCUAACACUCUUCUGUGCAUGAAGACACGAAUGCACAUAUCAUUUUCUAAGAUGUGAAUACUUAGACAUUUGCUAAGCUUGUUAACUGCAAUAGGAAACACUUCUAAAUCUGAAAAAUAGUUGAUGUUUAUAAUAAUGAUACAAUUAAAGAUGU